AUGCAGGUGCUUCUCCAGUGCAGUCGGCUGGGCCUGGCUCUCGCCCUCAUCUUCAUUGUGGACUCUUCAGUUCAAGGUUUACCUGUGUGGAAGGCCAGCUACCAGAGGGUCCGCUGUAAUCCCGACAGCACUUCUGCAAACUGCAUUGAUGAAAAGGGACCGCUGUUCGACCAACUUCUAGGCCAAUUCAACAGAAUCCUCCCACCCAGGACUGACCCUUUUCUAACGACGAGAUUCCAGGACUUGAAUGAUGUCUUCCCUCUUUCUGAGGAGUAUUCUGGCUCAGGCUCAGGCUCUGGCUCUGGCUCAGGAUCUGGCGGUGGCUCUGAAGAUGGCUUCCUAACUGAAAUUGAGGAUGACUACAGACCAGCAAUUGAUUUUUCCUCCAACUUUCAGCCUUUGCCUGCAGAUGACCUGGACUUGGGGCGAGAUGGACCAGAACAGAAUUUUAUCAUAUAA